GACCUUCGGGAGCGAGGCCGGCGCGCCCGUUUUGAAGCUGCUGUGGACAGUUGUUGGCCCCGCGGCGGUCCCGCCCUCCCAUCUCGGUCCUGACCCCCAGGCCCGCUACUCCCUCCAGCGGAGCGCCGUCUGCCCCUGGGAUUCCGGUCCCGGAUCUCUGGCCCGCGCCGCAGUCGUGCCAGCACCUCCGAGAACCUCGUAGGCCGCUCUCGGGUACCUGGCGUCGGGCAGGGGCCUCCUCGGGAAGGAGGGGCCGAGCCUCGGAGAUGCCGCCCGGCAAAGUCCUGCAGCCCGUCCUGAAGAUGAAGGUGGAUGAGCUGUUCCUCUGCUGGCUCAGCGAGUCCAGCACGCAGACGAUGCUCCAGGACUGCUUGCAAAGGAUCAAGAUGCCCGGGAAGACCGAGAUGGGCGAUGGAGACUCGGGACAGCCCGGGCCCUCAGUGGCGGCUGCAGGCCCCGCCUGCAGGCAGAGCGUGUUGUACAGCCCGGGCGCGUCCACCGCGCUCCCGCUGGGAACGGGUUCAAGUCUCAGGCUCGGGCCCCACGUCCGGGGGACUCGUAGAUCCGCGGGGACGAGGGUAGUUCCGACGCGGAAGGAGGAGCCCCUGCCGCCAGCCCCCAGCCAAAGCAUUCCAGCGUUCUACUUCCCGCGAGGCCGCCCAAAGGGCACAGCGGACACAGACGCCAUCAUCGCCAAGGUCGAGAGCACGUUUGCCCAGUUCCCGCAGGAGAGGGCCACGAUGGCGGACAUGGGCAGUGUGGCAAAGGCUUGUGGCUGCCCGCUGUACUGGAAGGCGCCGCUUUUCUGCGGUGCAGGGGGAGAGCGCACAGGCUCUGUCUCCGUCCACAAGUUCGUUGCCAUGUGGAGAAAGAUCCUGCACACCUGCCACGACACCGCCGCCAGGUUCCUCCACCUGCUUGGGAGCCCCGGCUGCAACUACCUGGUGCAGGAGGACUUCAUCCCCUUUCUGCAGGACGUGGUGAACACUCACCCUGGCCUGGCCUUUUUGAGGGAGGCCGCGGAGUUCCACUCUCGCUACAUCACCACUGUCAUACAGAGGAUCUUCUACACAGUCAACAGGUCCUGGACCGGGAAAAUCACGUGCGCGGAGCUCCGAAGGAGCACCUUCCUGCAGAACGUGGCCCUCCUGGAGGAGGAAGCGGACAUCAACCAGCUGACAGAGUACUUCUCCUACGAGCACUUCUACGUCAUUUACUGCAAGUUCUGGGAGCUGGACACGGACCAUGAUCUCCUCAUUGAUGCCCAGGACCUGGCCCGCCACAACGACCACGCUAUAUCCACCAAGAUGAUCGAGAGGAUUUUCUCAGGAGCCGUGACGCGAGGCAGAAGCGUACAGAAGGAAGGGAAGAUGAGCUACGCUGACUUUGUGUGGUUUCUGAUCUCCGAAGAAGACAAAAACACCCCGACCAGCAUCGAGUACUGGUUCCGCUGCAUGGACCUGGACGGCGACGGAGCCCUGUCCAUGUUCGAGCUGCAGUACUUCUAUGAGGAGCAGUGCCGCAGGCUGGACAGCAUGGCCAUCGAGGCCCUGCCCUUCGAGGACUGCCUCUGCCAGAUGCUGGACCUGGUGAAGCCCCAGCGGGAAGGGCGGAUCUCGCUGGGUGACCUCAAGAAGUGUAAGCUGGCCUAUGUCUUCUUUGAUACGUUCUUCAACGUCGAGAAGUACCUGGACCACGAGCAGAGAGAGCAGGCCUCCCUGCUCAGGGAGAGCGAGAGCGAAGGCCCCGAGCUCUCAGACUGGGAGAAGUACGCCGCCGAGGAGUACGACAUCCUCGUGGCCGAGGAAGCUGCGGGAGAGCCGUGGGGGGACGGGUACGAAGCCGAGCUCAGCCCCGUGGACCAGAAGCUGAGCGCGCUGCGGUCUCCACUGGCCCAGAGGCCCUUCUUUGAGGUGCCGUCCGCUCUGAGCACCAUCGACCUGUGUGAGUGUGGGGAUGAUGACCUGCCACCCUUGUGACCUGCGCCCACGAGGGACUCCCUGUGCAGCUUUUGUGUCAGAGAACGAAACCGUUUGUUGAGCUUUUACAGAAAACAAGGUGCGUGUGUAUGGAAUGACAGAUGUAUUUAUUCAGCACAAAGCUGGUCACAGGUCACUGGAGCGUCAGCCACCUUGGAAGGGCGGACAUGCUGGCCCUGGGGAAAACCCUCCCCAAACCAGGUGCCCGUGGCCCGCACACUCACUUUUGGCUAAGCCAUCGCAGACUUACUGUCCUGGCAGACGACCUGGAGGGGAAGUGGUCUCUCCGGGAGGGUCUGCCCUGGGGGCCAUGUGGCACGUGCUGACUCCAGACCUCCAGACAUGUGUGCUACAUUCGCCAUCUAGUCUGGAAUGUUCCAGGAGCCGCAGCAGCGGGAGCCUUCUGUCUGCAUGUGAAUUUUGGGCACUGUGCCCUUCACAUGGGGUGCAGGGGUCCCCUCAAAAUUGUUGGAACGUUUUUAUGUCAAUGCACAGAACGUGUAAAGCUUUUAUUUGUCAUGUAGAGCAGUUUUAAAACGUCUUACAGAUU